UUCCACUCCCCACCGGAUGCGGGGUUAAGCUCAUCAGAUGCCAAGCCGCGAUUGGUCGGGUCCGCGCUAAGGAGGUGGAAGAGAGGCUCUGAUUGGCUCGAGCAGCCGUCAGGAGCUCUGGAGGGGGCGCACGGGGGCGGGCUGGGGGAGGAGGUCCAGGGGGGCACAUGGGAGGGGAUCCGGGAACAGCUGGUGUCCGACCUGCCCCCCGCACUGGCCCUGCUGGGAUCACUCCAGGAGCAGGUUGUCGGGGUCACGGCCCAUGUCCAGGGGCUGCUGCAGCGGGUCCGGGCCGGCGCCUUCCCCACGGAGAAGGGGCUGAGUUUCCUGGAGCUGAAGGCCCAGCUGCUGCUGUUCUAUCUCCAGGACCUGGCCCAGCUGGUGCUGGAGAAGACCUCUGGCCGGUCCCUGGUGGCCCAGCCAGCUGUCCUGCGCCUGGCCGAGCUGCGCACGGUGUUGGAGAAGAUGCGGCCCAUUGAGCAGAAACUCCGGUACCAGGUUGACAAGCUGGUGAAGGCGGCUGUGACGGGCGCCGUGGGAGACGACAAUCCGCUGAGAUUCAAACCAGACCCCGGGAACAUGAUGAGCAAGCUGAGUGACGAGGAGGAGGCGGACGGGACUGAAGGCAAAGCUGCUGGGAAGAAGCCCCUGGCCAAAGGAGGGGUCCGGAAAUACGUCCCACCCCGGCUGGUCCCGGUGCAUUAUGGUACGUGCUGGGAGCCCGGCCACCUGGGUUCUACCCAGAAAGAGAGCGGGGUUUGUACAACCAGCCCCCGCGCCCCACCCCAGAGAUGGCCGCAUCUCAGCGCCAG